AUGCCUAUCUUCAAGUCCAAACAACCCCCCAUUGACAUGCCAUGGCAUCUCCCUGUAUGGACCUGGCUAUUUGAUUCCGAAUAUAGUCCCCUGCGAAACUUCGCACCCCAAGACAUCAAAGGCUUCACCAAUGCCGCCACCAAAGAACAUCUCAGUUACGCCGACAUAAAAGUGCACUCGACACACCUCUCCACCGCACUGGUCAAGAAAUAUGGCCUGCAACAAGGCCAGACGGUCGCUCUCUUCUCCCCCAACACCGUCUGGUACCCCUGUUCCAUGUUCGGCGUCCUACGUGCCGGUGGUGUCAUCUCGGGCGCCUCUCCAGCCUACAACGUCGAAGAGAUGAGCUAUGCGCUCAAGACGGCCGACGCCAAAUUCCUCUUCACCGUCCCAAGCAGCAUGCAAGUCGCCGCCGCGGCAGCUAAGAAUGCUGGCAUCCCACAAGACCACGUGUUCCUCCUCGAAGGGAAACUCGACGGCUUCACAUCCAUGGCUGAGCUCCUCGAAAUCGGAAAGUCGUACGGCCCAUCAGGGCAAAUCGAACAAUUCAAACUCCCACCAGGCAAGAAAAAUAAAGACGUCUGCGGCUUCCUAUCCUUCAGUAGCGGCACGACGGGUCUCCCCAAAGCCGUCAUGAUCGCACACUCCAACGUCAUCGCGCAAUGUCUACAGAUACAACAGAUCUCGCCAGACACGCUCCGUCGCAUCCUGGCCGUGCUCCCCUUAUUCCACAUCACGGGCCUCGUCCACCAAAUGCACCUGCCCGUACUCCUCAACGCCAACGUCUACAUGCUCCCGAGCUUCAGCAUGGAUUCGAUGCUCGCGACGGUGCAGGAGUACAAACUCGAGGAAAUGCUACUGGUCCCACCCAUUCUGAUCCGCAUGGUGCGCGACUCGGCCACACUGGCGAAAUACGACCUGUCCUCGCUGAAGCGUUUUUCGUCCGGCGCGGCACCCCUGUCGGCGGAGAUCCUCGAACUCCUCCAGAAACGCUUCCCCGGCACCGGCUUCAAGCAGGGCUACGGCAUGACGGAGAGCUGCUCGUGCAUCACCGCACACCCGCCCGACAAAUACGACUUCAAAUAUGCCGUGCGCGUCGGCACGAUCGUCGCGUCCACCGAAGUCAAGAUCGUGGAUCCAGACACGGGGAAAGAAUGCGGCCUAAACGAGCCGGGCGAGAUCUGGGCGCGCGGCCCCCAGAUCGUCAUGGGCUAUCUCAACAACAAGAAAGCGACGGACGAGACGUUCGACAAAGACGGGUUCCUGCACACGGGCGACAUUGGUGCCCUCGACGACGAGGGCCUCAUCACCAUCACUGACCGUCUGAAGGAGAUGAUCAAAGUCAAGGGCAUCGGCGUCGCGCCCGCCGAGCUCGAAGACCUCCUCCUUGGCCAUCCUGAGGUCGAGGACGUUGCUGUCCUAGGCAUCCCCGACGACUAUGCGGGCGAGAGACCCAAGGCGUAUGUCGUGUUGCAGGCCGCGAAGCGUGGGGAGCCGGAAGAUGCGGCCAAUAGGUUACUCAAGUAUGUCCAGGACAAGAAGGUCCGUCAUAAGUGGGUUACGGAGAUCGAGGUCGUAGAGGAGAUCCCGAAGAGUCCGUCCGGUAAGAUCCUAAGGAGGGUGCUUAGGGAUAUGAAUAAGUCGGGCAAGAAGGGUGUCGUGGUCAAGGAUUCGAGGGAGCGCGCGAGGUUGUGA